CCCCGCUCCUUGGCCUAGUCCCUAGUUCCCCCGAGGCCAGCCAGCCUCACACUCGGCACCCUCCCACACUCCAUUGCCGUCUGUAUCCAAUAAAACUCAAUCCAUCCUCAGGGAUCCGGAUCAAGUCGAUCCCUCGCCGAUCCGCCCGAUUUUUCUACCGGAUCGGGGCUAGGGUUAGGGCACCAGGGAGGGCGCCGCAUUUCAGGCCGCCGCCGGAGUCGACGAGCUAGGUUCACCCACGGGGGAAGAGGACCGCCGAAGAGGAGGGAAGAGAAAUGGAGAAGAAGAAGGUGGCGGUGUCGAAGGUGUGCCACGGCCACUCGCGGCCGGUCGUCGACCUCUUCUACAGCCCCGUCACGCCCGACGGAUACUUCCUCAUCAGCGCCAGCAAGGACUCGAAUCCAAUGCUUCGUAAUGGUGAUACGGGAGAUUGGAUUGGAACUUUUGAAGGUCAUAAAGGUGCUGUUUGGAGCUCUUGUCUAGACACAAAUGCCCUCCGUGCUGCCUCCAGUUCUGCAGAUUUCUCAGCCAAAAUAUGGGAUGCACUAACAGGAAAUGAGCUACAUUCAUUUGAGCACAAGCAUAUAGUUCGUGCAUGUGCCUUUUCAGAGGAUACACACAUGUUGCUCACUGGAGGAAUGGAAAAGAUUUUGCGUGUAUAUGAUAUGAAUCGUCCAGAUGCAGCUCCAAGAGAGCUUGACAAAGCACCUGCUUCUGUACGCACUGUUGCUUGGCUUCAUAGUGACCAAACUAUUCUAAGUUCCUGCACCGAUAUGGGUGGAGUGAGAUUAUGGGAUGUGAGAAGUGGAAAAAUUGUCCAAACUCUUGAAACCAAGGCACCUGUCACCAGUGCAGAAGUAAGCCAGGACGGCAGGUUCAUUACUACAGCUGAUGGUUCAAGUGUUAAAUUUUGGGAUGCGAAUCAUUUUGGGCUCGUUAAAAGCUAUGAUAUGCCAUGCAAUGUGGAGUCAGCUUCACUUGAACCAAAGUCUGGGAGUAAGUUCAUUACAGGAGGGGAAGAUAUGUGGGUUCAUGUAUAUGAUUUCUUCACUGGUGAAGAAAUAGCCUGCAACAAAGGUCAUCAUGGUCCAGUCCACUGUGUCCGGUUCGCUCCUGUUGGUGAAUCAUAUGCAUCAGGAUCGGAAGAUGGCACCAUCCGUAUCUGGCCGCUGAACCCAGCUAAUGCUGAUGACAGUGAGGCGCCGAAUGCAAACGGUAAACCAAAGGCUGCGGUGGUAAAUGAGGUUGCACGUAAAAUCGAAGGCUUCCACAUUUCCAAAGAGGGUCAGGCCGAGGCCUAGGAUAACAUUGUUCACAAACCUGGCAGUGGUUUGUGCUUAUUGAGAGAUUGCCACCAGAGCCCAGGUCUUCUGGUGCUGCACUCGAGUCCAUCAUGUUGAAGCUUCUCUGCCGACCAAGGGUGGCUUGGAUCUCUCUAUCGCCGGGGGGAACUUGUCCGCUGUGAGCAAACGGUUGAUUUCUGUACGGGGACCUCUUCAGUAGACUAUGUUAAGAUAGCAUUUUAAGAGCCAGAAUAAACCGAGGGGAAAGCAAGUCUGGCAGUUAGUGUCAUGCCUUUGUUUGCAGAAAGUAAAAUUUAUGUAUCGUCAUAGCAGUCGUUAUACAGAUGUCAAUUGUGUUAACCCGUUUUUGCUCA